AUGAGUAUCAAAAUACAAUUCUUACUUCCUAAUUAAUAGCAUAUUGCUACAAAAUUAUUUGAUAAGUCUAUUUCAAUAUGCUAAAUUUUUGAAGACAUACAUUUAUAAUAUGAUUUGUAUUAUUAAAUCUAACAUUUUAGUUUUGAUGAAGAGUAUUUUCAUUUAGAAUGGUCUGUAUAUUCAAGUGCUACAAAUCGUUAUAUAGGUUAUGAAACCAUAACUUUAUAAGAAAUUUUACCAGAUUAUUAAGAAGAUACAUUUGUUUUUUUAGAUUGUAAUUUUUAUUUCGCAAUUUAGCAAAUAUAACUGGUCUUAAAUUAUCACAUUGGUUUUAAAGAGCAUCUAAUUAUGAUAAUUCAUCUGAAGAUUUCACUGAUGAAUAAAUACAUUAAUUAUAAAAUACCGUGUUGGAAGGUAUAAUUAAUUCUAUUUAGGUUGUGUUUUGGAAACUUGCGAAGAUUAUCAUAAAUCUAUUAAUGAAUUUUUAAGUGCUUUAGAAAUAAAUUUAUUAAAUGAAUAAUCUAUAUUAGGAAUAGGUAUAUUAUAUUUAAUAUAAUUAAUGGUGGAUGUUUGAUAAAUUUAAAUUGUUGUAAAUCUGCUCUACAAAUUUAUAAUUUAUUGAUCUAAAUAAAUCCAUAAAAUUCUUUAGCUCAUUUGAAUAAAGGUUAUUAUUUUUUGAUAAUUAAAUAGGAAAAGCCCUAAAUAAAAUUGGUGAGCAUACUUAAGCACUUGAUUGCUUGUAAACAGCAAUUAGUUUAAACCCUUAAUUAUAAAGCGCCUAUAAUGAAGAAAAAUGUAAAAAAAAAAAAUUUCAAUUUUAGCU